AUGGAGAGCUUUGAUGAUGUAGCUCGACCUCUCAAAGGGGCCGCUGAAGAGCCCCGUGUGGCGGACGGGUUGUUCCCUGAACCACCACUGGCCGAUAUCAAGAUCAAAGACAUAGGGCAGAAUGGUGGUGUCUGUACGCCUCUUCCAGACCCACUAGUUAAUCACAAGCCUCCCAAUGAAUUAACCCUAUUUGACGUGGAUACAGAAGGAGGAGAUGAGGAGCCAGAUGUGGCUAAAUCUUUCGAGCGGACUUGUUCCCAAUCCACGGGGGCACAGAGAAGCAGGCAUUUUCUCGACGGGAAAAUUUGUGAUGACUGGAUCUCGAGAAUGCACAAGUUCUCUCUAUAUGAAACGUCCACGCGGUAUUACAUGGUGGGCAUGGAUCUGUUGGAGCAACGAUUCCGGAUCCUUAAAAUCGAGCGCACUUCCGAGCUGGACGAUCUCAGUAUCUCAGAGGACGAUACCGUUUACACCAAAAGUGAAAUGAAUCAGCUCCUCGAUGCGGUUGAUGAUGGCAACAAGAGCUCUGGGGGGUUGAAACUAAGGUGCAGCUCCUGGGGCUUGCUUGGCUUUAUCAGAUUCACCGGCCCAUACUACAUGCUGUUGGUCACCAAGAGAAGUCAGGUCGCAAUGGUGGGUGGGCAUUAUAUCUAUCAGAUUGACGGGACGGAACUUGUGCCACUGUCGUCCUCGACAUUUGCCCGAGCAAAGGCAGACAAGAACCCAGAGGAGGCUAGAUUUAUAGCCAUUAUGAAUAAUAUUGAUUUAACGCGCUCUUUUUACUUCAGUUACUCUUACAACAUCACACGAACGCUUCAACGAAAUAUUUCCUAUGUACGAGAGAAGCUCCAAAAGGAAGGAUCUAGCAGCCGGAACGAUGACCAUAACCAAAUGUUCGUUUGGAAUCAUUACCUUUUGGAACCCGUGGUCUCGCUUUUCAAAAAUGCAUAUGACUGGUGCCUCCCUACCAUUCAUGGAUACGUUGACCAGUCAAUUAUAUCGGUCUACGGAAGGUCAGUGUAUGUCACAAUUAUUGCACGGCGGUCAAGGUACUUUGCAGGUGCUCGAUUUCUAAAGCGCGGUGCAAACGAUCUUGGUUACGUUGCAAACGAUGUCGAAACCGAACAGAUUGUCUCCGAAAUGCAAACCACUUCCUUUCACUCACCUGGUCCAAAGCCUUAUGCAAGCCCUCAGUAUACAUCUUACGUACAGCAUCGUGGUAGCAUUCCGUUGUAUUGGUCGCAAGAUAGCACUGGAGUCAGCCCGAAGCCCGACAUUGAGUUGAAUCUUGUUGACCCGUUCUACUCAGCGGCCGCUCUUCAUUUUAACAAUCUCUUUGAGAGAUACGGUGCGCCGGUGUACGUCUUGAAUCUUAUCAAAGGGAGGGAGAGAAUCCCACGGGAAUCCAAGUUGCUAAAAGAGUUCACGAAUGCCAUUACCUAUUUGAAUCAAUUUCUCCCCGAGGAUAAAACCUUACUUUAUAAAGCAUGGGAUAUGAGUCGAGCAUCAAAGAGUCCUGAUCAGGAUGUUAUUGGCACGUUGGAAGAUAUCGCUGAGGACAUUAUCCCGAGAACCGGAUUCUUUAGAAACGGUGAAAAUGAGGAAUCCGGCUUACGAUUACAAAAUGGCAUCGCACGAACAAAUUGCAUCGACUGUCUUGAUCGAACAAACGCCGCUCAGUUCGUUAUUGGGAAGCGGGCACUAGGAUAUCAACUCCAUGCCUUGGGAAUUAUCGACGAAACGUCCAUCGAAUACGACACUGAUGCUGUCAAUCUAUUCACGAGUAUGUGGCAUCAUCAUGGAGAUACGAUAGCCGUUCAAUAUGGCGGGUCUCACCUCGUAAAUACUAUGGCAACAUACAGGAAGAUCAACCAAUGGACAGGGCAUUCCAGAGACAUGGUUGAAAGUUUUAAACGUUAUUAUAACAAUUCCUUUCUCGAUGCGCAACGACAAGAAGCAUACAACUUAUUUCUAGGGAACUACAUAUUCUCACAGGGUCAGCCCAUGCUGUGGGAUCUUGCCACGGACUAUUACCUUCACCAUUCAGAUCCUCGAACGCGAUCAAACAACUAUAAUUACAUACACUGGUUCAAUCCAGAUUAUUUAAAACCACAGGAGCCGCCCGCCGCAGUGGCUCUCCAAGGACCAGAGAAACUCCAAGUCAACACCUUCGAUGACUACUGGCUAGAAUAUUACAGACCGCUAGCCCUCUCCUCAUUCUCCAAAAUCUUUUCCAACAAGAUGAAAUCUACAAUCCGCUAUCUUCCCUUUCGAUCAAUCCAAGGUGUUCAAUAUGAUUUCAGCCCAUUUAUAGUACGUCUAAUUAAUGAACCGGACAGCCGCGAAAGGAAGACCUCGCGACGAAAAGAAGUUACCAUCCAAGAACCGUUAUUAGAGGUCUUGAGUGAAGACGCACGAUCUACCAGCUCCCGCGCAGAGUCGUCAACGGUACCUAAAUGCCUUCAGGAUUGGCUCCAACAGCCACCAUCAGCGGAGAAACAGCCUCCGCAGACCGGCAUUAUGAAGAUCCCCCGCUUCGAACUUUCUGACCACCUGGAUGACUUCUUUCCCAACAACGCACGUAUUCCCAGUAAAGCUCAAAUCACCCAAUGGAGUCUCGACGAUCUAGUCUACGAAUCACUCCAUCCGUCAGUCUCCAGCGCUGAAGCAGAAGAAUAUGAACGCUACAUCAACCACCCUCUCAAAGUCCCUCUGGUUGUUACGUCCGAAGACACCCUGGCUGCCGCGUCGCUGGCGGAGCGAGGAUCAAAUCUAGAUCUCUUCGAGUACGUGAAUAAAUUAAACCUCGACGAUUCGAACUUGGACCUGCUAGCGGAGGAUAAUCUACCAGACUAUCUUGAGUUUCUGAACGUGGGGGAGGAAGGGUUAACGGUCAUUGGGGAAGAUCAUGAUAAGAAAAGAUACAAGCGUUAUCGGCAGUGGCUGAGGGGGAAGAGUCUGUUUAAACAGCGGGUUGAUAUAUGA